GGAGAGAAAUGGCUGAAAGUGGAAACCCGGAGCGGUUUGGGGCGCUUCGCAAAGUUCUCCAGCCUGGCGAGCCGGCGGUGUGUCUACCAGAGGCUGGGGGCCAGUCCAUCUGGUCCUGCCCGACGCCGCUUCCACCCCGCGAGCUCUGGGAAAGGUCUCUACGUGACGCCAAGGGCCGUCGCGGCCCCGGGGAGAGGGAUCGAAAGACUCACUCUGCGAGGUGUUUACACUGGAGGUGGGGGACGGGAAGGGACUAGGCAAAGUUACCUGGACUCAACUAAAUUCCUGGGCUUGCUUAGUGUUGACAUUUGAAUAGGAUCCAAGAUGUUCUGCUUUUAUCCCGGGCAGCCCUGGUAUGUCAGCAACAGGCUGAGGUUCCAGACCUGAAAUCGCACUGCAAGAAAAAGGGGUUUGCUGAACUAACUCCAAGCUGGUGUGCCUAGCGUCCACGCGGCUGCCGGCCCAAGAGCUGGAGUCACCAUGGCGGCCGGAGUUGCGGCCUGGCUGCCUUUUGCCCGGGCUGCGGCCAUCGGGUGGAUGCCGGUGGCCAACUGCCCCAUGCCCCUGGCCCCGGCCGACAAGAACAAGCGGCAGGAUGAGCUGAUCGUCCUCAACGUUAGUGGGCGGAGGUUCCAGACCUGGAGGACCACGCUGGAGCGUUACCCGGACACCCUGCUGGGCAGCACGGAGAAGGAGUUCUUCUUCAACGAGGACACCAAGGAGUACUUCUUCGACCGGGACCCCGAGGUGUUCCGCUGCGUGCUCAACUUCUACCGCACGGGGAAGCUGCACUACCCGCGCUACGAGUGCAUCUCUGCCUACGACGAUGAGCUGGCUUUCUACGGCAUCCUCCCGGAGAUCAUCGGGGACUGCUGCUAUGAGGAGUACAAGGACCGCAAGAGGGAGAACGCCGAGCGGCUCAUGGACGACAACGACUCGGAGAACAACCAGGAGUCCAUGCCGUCGCUCAGCUUCCGCCAGACCAUGUGGCGGGCCUUCGAGAACCCCCACACCAGCACGCUGGCCCUGGUCUUCUACUACGUGACUGGCUUCUUCAUCGCCGUCUCGGUCAUCACCAACGUGGUGGAGACGGUGCCAUGCGGCACGGUCCCGGGCAGCAAGGAGCUGCCGUGCGGGGAGCGCUACUCGGUGGCCUUCUUCUGCCUGGACACGGCGUGCGUCAUGAUCUUCACCGUGGAGUACCUCCUGCGGCUCUUCGCGGCGCCCAGCCGCUACCGCUUCAUCCGCAGCGUCAUGAGCAUCAUCGAUGUGGUGGCCAUCAUGCCCUACUACAUCGGCCUGGUCAUGACCAACAACGAGGACGUGUCCGGCGCCUUCGUCACGCUCCGGGUCUUCCGCGUCUUCAGGAUCUUCAAGUUUUCCCGCCACUCCCAGGGCCUGCGGAUCCUGGGCUACACACUGAAGAGCUGUGCCUCCGAACUGGGCUUUCUCCUCUUCUCCCUCACCAUGGCCAUCAUCAUCUUUGCCACUGUGAUGUUUUAUGCCGAGAAGGGCUCCUCAGCCAGCAAGUUCACAAGCAUCCCUGCCUCGUUUUGGUACACCAUUGUCACCAUGACCACACUGGGGUACGGAGACAUGGUGCCUAAGACGAUUGCAGGGAAGAUCUUCGGCUCCAUCUGCUCCUUGAGUGGCGUCCUGGUCAUUGCCCUGCCAGUCCCUGUGAUUGUUUCCAACUUUAGCCGGAUUUACCACCAGAAUCAGAGAGCUGAUAAACGCAGGGCACAAAAGAAGGCCCGCCUUGCCAGGAUCCGUGUGGCCAAAACAGGCAGUUCGAAUGCAUACCUGCACAGCAAGCGCAAUGGACUCCUCAACGAGGCGCUGGAGCUGACGGGCACCCCAGAAGAGGAGCACAUGGGCAAGACCACCUCACUCAUCGAGAGCCAGCAUCAUCAUCUGCUGCACUGCCUGGAAAAAACCACUGGGUUGUCCUAUCUUGUGGAUGAUCCCCUGUUAUCUGUACGAACCUCCACCAUCAAGAACCACGAGUUUAUUGAUGAGCAGAUGUUUGAGCAGAACUGCAUGGAGAGUUCAAUGCAGAACUACCCAUCCACAAGAAGUCCCUCACUGUCCAGCCACCCAGGCCUCACUACCACCUGCUGCUCCCGUCGUAGUAAGAAGACCACACACCUGCCCAAUUCUAACCUGCCAGCUACUCGCCUGCGCAGCAUGCAAGAGCUCAGCACGAUCCACAUCCAGGGCAGUGAGCAGCCCUCCCUCACAACCAGUCGCUCCAGCCUUAAUUUGAAAGCAGACGACGGACUGAGACCAAACUGCAAAACAUCCCAGAUCACCACAGCCAUCAUCAGCAUCCCCACUCCCCCAGCGCUAACCCCAGAGGGGGAAAGUCGGCCACCCCCUGCCAGCCCAGGCCCCAACACGAACAUUCCUUCCAUAGCCAGCAAUGUUGUCAAGGUCUCCGCCUUGUAAAACCACUGGACAGAGGGCCAGAGGGGGUAGUGGGGAAUGAAGGGGACUGGCAUGUUGGUGGGUGGCCACUGGGACCACUCCCUCCCCCCUUUCCCCACUAUUUCUGCCUGCCCCAUUGUACCCCUAGCACUGAGACUUGUGCCUGGAAGGAAAAACAGGUAGCAAAGGGGCACCUGAGGUUCACGCUGCUAGCGUGGACAUAGCCCUGUGAUACUGCAUCUCACUGGGGCCAGAGGAAGGGAGGGAGGGUGGGGGGGUCAGGGAUGGGCCGGGAGAUAUAGGCUGUGUGCCAGGACAUGGCCUGGAUGGAGAAGCCUCAGACUCAGACCAAAUAACAAUCGUUUCUGGAGACCCCAGUGAGGAAAAUACAAGACCAAGAGCAGCAAAGAGGCCAAGUUGUCACAAGCAAAACAGAAAGAAAAUAUAACACUGUGUAUUUAAGCACCUUUUUCAAGGCUCUUAAUGGAUAAUAUUUAUUCAUGGGAAAAGGUGGAAAACAAAAACACCAACGGAUUUUUGUGAAAUGUUUUUCUCCAUGGACCCAACACCUUUGAACCAAAACAAUGCAUUUUGUGAGGGAUUUUUUUUUCUCCUUUUAUAGCAAAAGCUUUUAGGCUAAGAAGUCAGUUAUUGCUGAGUUCUCUCUCCAUUCCCCCAGGUGGGUGAGGUCAACUGAGCCUGGGCCCCCACUGCCCAGCUGACCUGCGCAGAGCUGCCAAGUGACCACACGGCAAUCCUUACCCUUUGUCUGUCCCUGUCUCCCUUGUCUCUGUACCUCUCUGCUUACCCCUGGCUGUUUCUAUGUCCAGCCGUCUGUCUCUACUUGGAUCCCAAUGAUCCUGAAACACAUCAGUAAAGCCUUCUUCAUCACUGCCACGCACAGCAGACUUGUGCCUGGGAGUUCUAUCUGUGUGAAUGCAACUACAGAGGAGGAAAGAGUGAAGCAAAAAUUGGGAGAGUUUAGGGGUAAGGGAAGUCUACCUCACAGAACAGAGGUGCUUCCCUUGGGGUUGGAACCACUGAUGUUUGCAGUUUCAGUUUCUGGGAAAGAAAGGGAAUGAACAGAUUUAUCACACUGGAAUCUUGAAAAGGCAAAUCGCCAACACCUGAGACGCGGUCAACUCUGGUAUGUGCCAGUGAGGGGAGAACGGAAGGACCCAGGGCUCGCAGCCUCAGCCGGUCAUUAUGGCACCUUGCUAUAGACCCUUCCUCCAAGACCCACCAUAAAGCCCAUCCAGAGCCCUUCCAAAAGGCCCCGGGAGUAGUUUCCUCCAGAGAGGGCAGUGGUACGGGGACCAAGAUUCCUCUGACUUAUAUCACACCAGAGGCAACUCCCACACAGAGGCUGUGGAAGGGUAAGCCUGUGUGCCUCAAGAAAAAUGCUUCAAAGCAAAAGCAAGUAAGAGAUUCUAGAUGAUUCUUACCUGCUAUGAAAGAUGACUUGAUGUCUGAAGAGGCUUCGGCCUGAUCUCCCUGAAGAUGCUGAAAUGGGGGAGAAGCCUGAUCACCUCUGUGCAAGCAAAGGAGUGAAGAUUAUUUCUUGAACACCUGGACAACAUAUCUGUUCAACUAGCUUGCACCCUGGUGGAGCUGGGGGCUGCAUUUCUGGAAUCCUCCUAACCAUUGUUCACUGCUUAUAGCACAGUAGGUGGGCCUCAGGGUUAGUGACAAGUCCUUUCCUGCCCUUCCCAACACCCAGCCACCUUGCUGCAGUCUCUGUAGCCUGGGCUCUGAAAUACGUGAGCUCCUCGGGAGCUGCCUAUCCAUCCUACAGCUUAGUGGUUAGCUGUUUAAUUGUAGGCCAAGAAUUUCUCUCCCCACCACAGCCAUCUAAAUGAGUUUCACUAGCCAGGAACCUAAAAACACCCUUCGUGGGCUUCCCUAUGAUCCCAGCUCGAUUGACCCUGUAGGCUCAAAAGGUUUCGAGGUGGCACCUAACCAGAAUGUGGGCAGAAGGCAGAGGAGAGGGAGCCUUCUUUCUAUCUUUAUUUCCUUAUGCUUAUCCUCACUGACCACGGGCUGAGUUCUUUCUCUGGGUCUGGCCUCAAGGAUUUCCCCUAAUGUGGGAAUGGAGUGGUUCUUGCCCUCUGAGCUUACAGACUAAAGGCAGAAAAGCUUUACAACUACAGAGUACAUGUGUAUACACACAACCAACCUAAUCACAUCAGAGAAUACAUACUUAAAUCAAUUCACUUCAUAUACACAUCUCAUUAGAAGACCAAGCUAAACUUCACUUAGAGGGCAGGCAAAGGACUAGAAAAGAAUUUUUCUCUUAAAGAAAAUGAGUACUAGAGCAAAAUUACAAGUGUCUAAGUAUCUUAGUUAUACUUCAUAAGAUCUGAGUGGGGUAAGAGAUAAAGCGGUAAAUAGGGCCGGGUGCGGUGGCUCACACCUGUAAUCCCAGCACUUUGGAAGGCCGAGGCGAACAGAUCACCUGAAGUCAGGAGUUGAAGACCAACCUGGCCAACACGGUGAAACCCCAUCUCUACUAAAAAUACAAAAAUUAGCCAGGCAUGGUGGUGG